UCACUACUAGGAAGUCGAAACCCUCAUUUUUCCACAAAUAAUGGUUUGAGGAAGCGAAGUUACUCGGUUAUGGAAACGCGGUUGAGACCGAAAGUCCAAACAAAUUCGGACUGGAUGUCGUGUUUGCCGGAAGAGUUGCUCGACGUGCCGCUCUGGAACUUAGCGAUACCAGGAAGUCACGACAGCAUGUCCUUUUGUCUGGAUCGGUCGUCGCCGGUCCUGAGGUCGGAGCCGCGCUGCCUGCUGCUGGCGGAGCGGCUCUGUCCCGGCUGCGUCCGUGCGUGCGUGUCCCGCUGGUCCACCACGCAGCAAUCCGUGCUCAGGGAUCAGUGUGAUCUUGGCAUUCGAUUCUUUGAUCUGCGCAUCGCCAGGAAACCUUCCGGCAGCAGGUUGUUUUUUGCACAUGGGAUCUACACAUUGAUCACAGUCAAGGAAGCGCUGGAUGAACUGGCCUCCUGGCUGGACGCUCAUCCUUUGGAGAUAGUGAUCAUCUGCUGCUCUCAUUUUGAGGGACUGACAGACCAAGAGCAUGGCCUUCUUGUUGAGUUCAUCUUCUCCCUGUUUAACCAUAAACUCUGUCCCUCGACGAGCACUCCAACACUACACAGCUGUCGGCAGAAAGGUCAGCAGUUGAUAGUUUCCUACGACAACGAGACGAUGGUGCAGCGUCACCCGAAGCUAUGGAAAGACAUACCUUACUUAUACAAUUUCAGGUAUGCGGACAGCUCAGACCCCAAAAAAGUGAUUGCUUUCCUGGAGGAUAAGAAAAGACAAAGGCCUGAUCCAAAGUUCUACGUCAGUGGACUGAACCUGACCGAAGACGCUUCCUACGUCCUGCUCCACCCCUUCCAAAACAUGAGGUCAAUGACUGCACGUGCUCUGUCUGUGCUGCUGGGCUGGGUGGAGGGGCAGCGUGCAGGACCGCAGAAGGGGGCCGUCAAUAUUAUUUGCUGUGACUUUGUGGGUAUCAGUCAGUUUUGCUCUCUUGUAAUUGAGCUGAACUACAAGCUGUUGGGCCAAACCCAUGUGCGGGACGUCAUCAAACCUGGACUUCACCCUUCAAGAUCUGAAACGAAUGAGACACAAACUAGAACUGGAUACAGAGAAGAAAAAUAAAACCUCACUCUGAGCAACUCCACAUGAGACGUCACAUUGAGAAUACCUGGAAAUCCAAGGACUUUGGACACGCAACUCUGGAUUGAAAGAAGCAUCCCACAACCUAACAAAAUCCCUGCUGGUCCGUGGAGCCUAAAGGGCUAGAUGUCAAUCAAAUGGUCACAAAGGUUGCUGAUGUUUUUGUUGGUAUUCAGAAGAUUUUUUUUUCUCAUUUUAGUUGAGAGCAAGUGUCUGUCCUUGUCUUAAAUGACUUGCGAUGUGAAUUUAAGUUUGAAAGUCAUGAAGUCCAGUGUAGCACAACAUGCUUGAGUGUCAUAUGGAGGAGGAACGGGCUGCUUCUGCUCUCACCUUCCCUCCUCAGGACGUCUCCAUAGUCUGUCUCAGUGUCCUUUUCUGACCGACUAGUGUGUCUCUACGCCAGCAAACAGAUCCCAGCUCCAGGUUCACAUCCAGGUGACCCUGAACCUGAUGUUUGACAUCUUUUGCGCUGAAUAGAAAAAGUCAACACUUGAAUCAACAAGUCCAACCAGUCUAUCGAGAAGCAUGAUUUAUUUGUUUGAUUUACUGUAGCCACCUUUGUGUAACACAUUAUGACAAGCACACAUAGUGUUUACCAAACAUAUCAACUGUUUCUCCAUUUAAAAGGGCCUCACAGCUGUGAAAUACAAUACAAGAAAUGUGCAAAUAUUCAAUAUAAAAAUAUACACUUUGGCUUUCUUCCUAUAGCACUGCACCGCUGAUAGAAUUCUGGCCAUUUGCCUUUUUUCCAUUUUCCUUUUAUUCUGUUACAGUAAUGGAGGAUACCACAGGAUGGUACUUCGGUUACAUUUUAUAUUAUUUUCAUUCAUGAAAAAUGAAGCGCAGAGUGAGUGAAAAUUACAUUCGGGAGAAGAUUUCACUGAAGAGCCCAACCGUUUUAUCACACGGUACCAGCUGCAUGUGCUCGCACUGUCUCAACUCUGGGAUGAGCAUUCGCUCCGGGCAGGAUGAA